UUGCUUUACUUGUCAAAUUAGGUAUCAAUUUCCCUUCUCUUUAGUUGCAGUAAUUUUACCGCAAUAUUAAUUAUUGAUUCUUAUAAGAAAACGUCUACUCCCGUAAAACAUCAUGGGAGACUCCCUAGAUGGGAGUGAAAAUACUCCUGAGGCUCAAAAUGUAGUCGUAGUUGAUUUUCAAGAUUUUGCAAAUUACUUACGCCGCGCAGCAACGGUACUUUUACCUGAAGAUGACAUCGUUCCACCGGCAUUAAAUGCUGCACUCGACGAUAAAGUGAAUCAAGACUGCAUUCGAAAAUUCGUCUGUGAUCCACAAGUUUCUUCAUUGUACGUGCAGCGAUUUUCGUCCAAAGAAGAUGACAAUGAACAGCCAACAGAAGGUGAAGAAGAGAAAGAAGCUGUUACUUAUCAAAUCAGUAAUGAGGUGCACUUCACAUCUCCACGUGUGGCAGCUUUUGUGUGUAUCAAACGUGGAGCUGUUAUAGAAGCUGACAAGUCUAUACACAGCCAGUUACGCCUCAUCAAUCUAUCUGAUGGCUCACCUUACGAGACACUUCAUGCUUUUAUUAGCAAGACCAUGGCACCUUUUUUCAAGAGUUAUGUCAAGGAAAGUGGUAGAGCUGACAGGGAUGGAGACAAAAUGGCACCAUCUGUUGAAAAGAAGAUUGCAGAGCUGGAGAUGGGUCUUUUACAUCUGCAGCAGAACAUAGACAUCCCGGAGAUUACACUACCUGUACAUCCUUUAGUCGCAGCUGUUAUCAAGCGAGCUGCAGAUGAAGGACGUAAGCCUCGCGUGGCUGACUUUGGUGAUAAAGUUGAAGAUUCUACAUUCCUUAACCAGCUACAAAAUGGUGUCAAUAGGUGGAUUAAAGAAAUACAAAAGGUCACCAAACUGGAUCGCGACCCUUCCAAUGGCACAGCUCUCCAGGAAAUAUCAUUUUGGCUCAAUUUGGAAAGAGCACUUCAUCGCAUCCAAGAAAAACGAGAGAGCAUUGAGGUGGCUCUUACCUUAGAGAUUCUGAAGUAUGGCAAACGUUUCCAUGCCACUGUGUCCUUUGACACAGAUACUGGCUUAAAACAAGCACUUGCAACUGUCUCAGACUACAACCCUCUCAUGAAAGAUUUCCCAAUAAAUGACCUUCUCAGUGCUACUGAACUUGAGAGAAUAAGGUUAGCAGUGCAACAAAUUUUCUCUCAUCUUCGCAAAAUUCGCUCUACAAAAUACCCCAUCCAACGAGGGCUAAGACUCGUCGAAGCUAUCUCCCGUGAUCUUGGACAACAACUAUUAAAGGUCCUCGGAACUCGUCGUCUGAUGCAUAUUCCUUUUGAGGACUUUGAGCGAGUUAUGACACAAUGUUUUGAAGUGUUCUCUUGUUGGGAUGAUGAAUAUGAAAAACUACAAGGGUUAUUACGCGAUAUUGUGAAGAAAAAGCGCGAUGAACACCUUAAAAUGGUAUGGCGCGUUUCACCGUCCCACAAGCGAUUGCAAGCGCGCAUGGAGCACAUGCGCAGAUUCAGACGACACCACGAACAACUGCGCACUGUCAUGCUUAGGGUGCUACGUCCACGUGCCAAUGUAGCUACAGAAACAGGCGCCGGUGGUGAGCCAGCUCAACCGCACUCGUUACCUAUGGAUGCCGCUGAUGCUAACGCAAUCGCUGAGGUGAACCUGGCAUAUGAAAAUGUAAAAGAAGUAGAUUGUUUAGACAUCUCUCGUGAAGGAUGUGAUGCUUGGGAAGCUGCUGUGCGUCGUUAUGAGGAUAGAAUUGAUCGUGUAGAGACUCGUAUCACGGCUCACCUUCGUGACCAACUCGGAACCGCCAAGAACGCCAACGAGAUGUUCCGUAUCUUCUCUCGAUUCAAUGCGUUGUUCGUGCGGCCGCACAUCCGCGGUGCCAUCCGCGAGUACCAGACGCAACUCAUACAGCGAGUAAAAGAUGAUAUUGAGGCUUUGCACGAGAAAUUCAAGGUUCAAUAUCCGCAGUCGAAAUGCAGCCGCCUAUCUCUAGUGCGCGACCUCCCACCUGUGGCCGGAUCCAUCAUAUGGGCAAAACAAAUUGAUCACCAACUUACGGCUUAUUUGAAAAGAGUUGAAGAUGUUCUAGGUAAAGGAUGGGAGAAUCACAUUGAAGGCCAAAAACUAAAAGCUGAUGGUGACAGUUUUCGUCUGAAACUAGAUACUCAAGAAGUAUUCGAUGACUGGGCUCGCAAGGUGCAGCAACGUAACUUGGGCGUAUCUGGGCGGAUCUUUGCCAUAGAAUCCGUGCGUGCUCGAUCCAGCAAAACAGGCACUAUACUGAAAUUAAAAGUAAACUUCCUUCCCGAAAUUAUAACCCUGUACAAAGAAGUGCGCAAUUUGAAAAAUCUUGGAUUCAGGGUACCACUAGCAAUAGUGAAUAAAGCACACCAGGCCAAUCAACUGUAUCCGUUUGCGAUCUCUCUUAUUGAAAGUGUACGCACUUACGAGCGAACUUUAGAGAAGAUCCGCGAUAAGGCAUCGAUCAUCCCUUUAGUUGCUGGGCUUCGGCGCGACGUACUGAACCAAGUGUCGGAGGGCAUGGCGCUUGUAUGGGAGUCCUAUAAGUUGGACCCCUAUGUUCAGAGACUCAGCGAAGUUGUGCUGCUUUUCCAAGAAAAGGUGGAGGACCUUCUGGCAGUAGAGGAACAGAUCUCAGUAGAUGCGCGGUCUCUGGAGACGUGCCCGUACUCAGCACAAAGUCUGGCCGACAUCCUCAGCCGUCUACAGCGAGCUGUCGAUGACCUUUCGCUGCGGCAGUACAGCAACCUGCAUCUGUGGGUGCAACGCCUCGACGAAGAAGUCGAAAAGAGCCUCGCUGCUCGCCUGCAAGCUGGAGUGGAAGCCUGGACCGCCGCAUUGUUAGGCAAAAGUAACGAAAUGGAUCUCUCAAUGGAUACAUACUCGCCCGCUGAACCCACUCACAAGCCAGGUGGUGAACCACAGAUUGCUCGCGUAGUGCACGAGGUUCGUAUAACAAACCAACAAAUGUACCUGUUCCCCUCACUGGAGGAGGCCCGCUUCCAACUCAUGCGACAAAUGUUCGCGUGGCAGGCAGUUGUCACUAGCCAACAUCGUCUCCAAAGCACCAGGUAUCAAGUGGGCGUGGCACGUGCGCAAACAGCUACAUAUAGAAAUCUGCUGACUAAACUCCCUGGAGGUUCAUCGCCGCUCGAAAACGCAUACGACGCCAUCGAACAAAAAAUUUCACAAGUUCGUGAAUAUGUAGACGAGUGGCUACGAUACCAAGCUCUAUGGGAUCUUCAACCAGAAAGCUUAUAUGGUCGCCUCGGAGAAGACAUUACCUUAUGGAUAAAGUGUCUGAAUGAUAUCAAGAAAUCUCGCACGACAUUCGACACGUCGGACACGCGACGUGAAUAUGGGCCCGUGGUGAUCGACUUCGCCCGUGUCCAGAGCAAGGUGGCGCUCAAGUACGAUGCCUGGCACAAGGAGGUUCUUGGCAAGUUCGGCGCACUGCUCGGCGGGGAGAUGGUCACCUUCCACUCGCAGCUCGCCAAGUCGCGUAACCAGCUCGAGCAGCAGACUAUCGAAGCGGCAUCGACCAGUGACGCUGUAUCUCUAAUCACUUACGUACAGCAACUAAAAAGAGAAGUAUUAGCAUGGGAGAAGCAAGUUGACAUAUACAGGGAAGCCCAACGUAUUUUGGAAAGGCAGAGAUUCCAGUUCCCGGCACAAUGGCUUCAUGUUGACAACAUUGAAGGUGAAUGGAGCGCUUUCAAUGAAAUUAUGCGCAGAAAAGAUUCGUCCAUUCAAACCCAGGUUGCAUCCCUUCAACAAAAGAUCGUAGCCGAAGACAAAGCAGUUGAAGCUCGUACUUUAGAGUUCCUCACUGAAUGGGAACGCAGUAAGCCUACUGACGGCUCAACCAGGCCAGAGGAUGCUCUUGCUAGGCUCCAGGCAAUGGAAACCAGGUAUACCAGACUGAAAGACGAGAGGGACAAUGUUGCAAAGGCUAAGGAAGCUCUUGAACUACAUGACACAGGUAGCUCAGUUAACAAUGAACGCAUGACUGUUGCUUUGGAAGAACUGCAAGACUUGCGUGGUGUGUGGUCCUCGCUUAGUAAAAUAUGGACCCAAAUAGAUGAUAUCCGCGAAAAGCCUUGGCUGUCCGUACAGCCUAGGAAGCUCAGGCAACAACUAGAAGCGAUGUUAAACGAACUCAAAGAGCUACCGGCUCGACUCCGAAUGUACGACAGCUAUGAAUAUGUGCGGAAAUUGCUGCAGUCUUACACAAAGGUGAACAUGCUAAUAGUGGAACUGAAGUCAGACGCGCUUAAGGAGCGUCAUUGGCGGCAACUGUGUCGCGCGCUCAAGGUGGAAUGGUCGCUGUCCGAACUGACCUUAGGUCAGGUCUGGGACGCUGACCUACUGCACAAUGAGCACACUGUCAAGGAUGUGGUCUCUGUCGCACAAGGUGAAAUGGCAUUAGAGGAGUUCUUGAAACAGGUGCGCGAAUCGUGGCAAAGCUACGAGUUGGACCUUAUCAACUACCAGAACAAGUGCAAGAUUAUCCGUGGCUGGGAUGAUCUUUUCAACAAAGUCAAAGAGCACAUCAACAGCGUGGCUGCUAUGAAACUCUCGCCAUAUUAUAAGGUGUUUGAAGAGGAGGCACUGACAUGGGAAGAAAAAUUGAAUCGCAUCAAUGCAUUGUUUGAUGUAUGGAUUGACGUUCAACGACGAUGGGUCUAUCUAGAAGGUAUCUUCAGUGGAUCGGCUGACAUCAAAACUCUCUUACCUGUUGAGACAAGCCGCUUCCAAAGCAUCAGCUCUGAAUUCCUGGGACUAAUGAAGAAAGUUAGUAAAUCUCCGAUGGUUAUGGACGUACUGAAUAUCCCGGGCGUACAGCGGUCCCUGGAACGACUGGCUGACUUACUUGGCAAAAUACAGAAGGCGCUCGGUGAAUACCUUGAACGGGAAAGGAGCAGUUUUCCCAGAUUCUACUUCGUCGGAGAUGAGGAUCUGCUGGAAAUUAUUGGUAACAGCAAAAAUAUUGCUCGCCUUCAGAAACACUUCAAGAAAAUGUUUGCAGGCGUCGCUGCUAUUAUACUGAACGAAGAUAACACAAUCAUUAACGGCAUUGCUUCUCGUGAAGGCGAAGAGGUAUACUUCUUGUCCCCUGUUUCGACCAUAGAGAAUCCCAAAAUCAACUCAUGGUUGUCUAUGGUGGAACGUGAAAUGCGCAUGACACUCGCGUGCCGACUUAAAGACGCUGUCGCCGACGUCAAGCAGUUCAAAGAUGGAAAUGUAGACCCGCAAAAGUUUAUAGAUUGGUGUGACAAAUAUCAAGCCCAAAUUGUGGUUUUGGCUGCCCAAAUAUUGUGGUCAGAAGAUGUAGAAGCCGCGCUUGCUAGUGGCGGCGGGGACGGUUUAAAACGGGUACUCGCUCAUGUCGAGAACAUGUUGAACAUCUUAGCCGAUUCCGUACUGCAAGAACAACCGCCGCUAAGAAGAAGGAAGCUUGAACACUUGAUAAACGAGUUUGUGCACAAGCGCACAGUGACACGUCGCCUGAUCGCGUCCGAUGUGAAUAGUCCUCGCUCCUUCGAAUGGCUCUGCGAGAUGCGCUUUUACUUCGACCCUAGGAACAGUGAAGUACUGCAACAGCUGACUAUCCACAUGGCGAACGCCAAAUUCCUAUACGGCUUCGAAUACUUGGGCGUGCAAGACCGGCUCGUACAGACACCCCUCACGGACCGCUGCUAUCUCACUAUGACGCAGGCUCUAGAAGCUAGACUCGGAGGAUCUCCAUUUGGUCCUGCCGGUACCGGUAAAACGGAAUCGGUGAAAGCUCUAGGCAAUCAGCUCGGUCGUUUCGUGUUGGUGUUCAAUUGUGACGAAACAUUCGACUUCCAGGCCAUGGGCCGUAUCUUUGUUGGUCUUUGUCAGGUGGGUGCAUGGGGUUGUUUUGAUGAGUUCAAUCGUCUUGAUGAAAGAAUGUUGUCGGCAGUAUCACAACAAGUGCAGACUAUUCAAGAGGCUCUCAAGAGCCACCAGGAAGGCGACAACACGGGCAAAUCCAUCACAGUAGAGUUGGUUGGUAAACAAGUCCGAGUGAGUCAAGAUAUGGCAAUCUUCAUAACAAUGAACCCUGGUUAUGCGGGCCGCUCCAACUUACCAGAUAACUUAAAGAAGCUGUUCAGAAGUUUAGCCAUGACUACCCCAGAUAGACAACUCAUUGCUGAAGUGAUGCUCUUCAGUCAAGGAUUUAGGACUGCAGAGAAAUUGGCCUGUAAAAUCGUGCCAUUCUUCAAACUUUGCGACGAACAACUAUCAAACCAGUCUCAUUACGACUUUGGUUUGCGUGCACUUAAAUCUGUGCUUGUCUCCGCGGGUAACGUGAAACGAGACCGCAUACAAAAAAUUAAGGAAAAUCUUAUUGAACGUGGCAACGAAGUGCCAGACGAAGCAUCUAUAGCCGAGUCCCUGCCUGAACAAGAUAUCCUGAUACAAUCGGUGUGCGAGACAAUGGUGCCCAAACUGGUCGCCGAAGAUAUACCGCUACUGUUCUCGUUGCUCAACGACGUGUUCCCCAAUGUCGGAUAUACACGAGCUGAGAUGACGGGUCUUAAAAAUGAAAUCCGCGCUGUUUGCGCUGAAGAAUUCCUCGUGUGUGGAGAAGGCGAUGAACAAGGCUCCACUUGGAUGGAGAAGAGGCUGGGCGCUGCGUCUCGCGCCCAAUACAGCACCUGGAUCGACAAGGUACUCCAGUUGUACCAGAUAUGCAAAUUGAACCAUGGCCUGAUGAUGGUAGGCCCGUCUGGAAGUGGCAAAUCUACUGCCUGGCGUGUACUGCUUAAAGCUUUGGAAAGGUUUGAAGGGGUAGAAGGCGUGGCACAUGUGAUUGACCCGAAAGCUAUGUCAAAGGAGACAUUAUACGGUGUGCUCGACCCCAACACUCGCGAAUGGACUGACGGUCUAUUCACACAUAUACUCAGGAAAAUAAUCGACAACGUUCGCGGUGAAAUUAACAAGCGUCAAUGGAUCAUCUUCGAUGGCGAUGUGGACCCGGAGUGGGUGGAGAACUUGAACUCAGUGCUCGAUGACAACAAGCUACUCACGCUCCCCAAUGGCGAGCGACUCUCGCUGCCACCCAACGUUAGGGUCAUGUUUGAGGUGCAAGAUCUGAAAUAUGCUACACUUGCAACAGUCUCGCGUUGCGGUAUGGUGUGGUUCUCACAAGACGUGCUAACAACCGAAAUGAUCUUCGAAAACUAUUUAAUGAGAUUGAAAAACAUCCCUCUGGAAGAUGGAGAAGAAGAUUCGUUUAGCAUCGUAAUGGCCGCCCCGACUGCAGGUGGCGAUCAAAAUGCAACAGAAAGCAUUCUUUCGCCGGCAUUACAGACUCAACGCGAUGUAGCCAUAAUACUGCAGCCGUUGUUCUUCGGCGACGGCCUGGUAGUGAAAUGUCUGGAGCAUGCUGCCACGCUCGACCAUAUCAUGGACUUCACGCGACACCGUGCGCUCUCGUCUCUACACUCAAUGCUUAAUCGCGGUGUCAGAAACAUUCUCGCUUACAAUCGUCAACACCCGGACUUUCCCAUCACCAAUGAGCAACUGGAGGCAUAUGUUCCUAAAUGGCUUGUGUACUCCCUGCUGUGGUCAUUUGCCGGUGAUGCUAAACUCAAGGAUCGUAACGAAUUGGGUGACUUCAUAAGAUCGGCCAGCACCAUGCCCUUACCUAACUGUGGACCCAACCAGCACAUCAUCGACUUCGAGGUGUCGAUAACGGGCGAGUGGGUGGCGUGGUCGGCGAAGGUGCCGCAGAUAGAGGUGGAAACACACAAGGUGGCGGCGCCGGACGUGGUAGUGCCCACGCUCGACACCGUCCGCCACGAGGCGCUGCUCUACACCUGGCUCGCGGAGCACAAGCCGCUCGUGCUAUGCGGCCCACCCGGAUCUGGCAAAACUAUGACUCUAUUCUCGGCUCUCCGCGCGCUGCCCGAUAUGGAAGUGGUCGGUCUCAAUUUCUCAUCUGCCACCACUCCAGAGUUGCUUCUCAAGACCUUCGAUCAUUACUGCGAGUAUAGGAAAACACCUAAUGGAGUAGUGCUCGCACCUGUACAGCUUGGCAAAUGGUUAGUGCUAUUCUGUGACGAGAUCAACUUACCAGACAUGGAUCAGUACGGCACGCAACGCGUCAUAUCCUUCCUACGACAACUGCUUGAACAUAAAGGCUUCUAUAGAGCGAGUGACCAUUCGUGGGUUCACCUGGAGCGUAUUCAGUUUGUGGGCGCCUGCAAUCCGCCUACGGACCCGGGCCGUAAGCCGCUCUCACACCGUCUGCUGCGACACGUGCCCGUCAUCUAUGUCGACUACCCUGGGGAGACCUCACUCGAACAGAUUUACGGCACUUUCACACGGGCGAUGCUUCGCAUGCAACCCGCGCUGCGAGGAUACGCGGAGCCGCUGACGCAAGCGAUGGUCAAGCUAUACCUCGCGUCGCAGGAACGGUUUACACAAGACAUGCAGCCACAUUAUGUGUAUUCUCCCAGAGAGAUGACACGAUGGGUGCGCGGCAUCUGCGAGGCUAUCAGGCCACUCGACAACUUGUCUGUUGAGGGCCUAGUGCGACUGUGGGCGCAUGAAGCUCUGCGUCUCUUCCAAGACAGAUUAGUCGAGGACUCAGAAAGACAGUGGACUGAUGAGAACAUCGACAACGUGGCCAUGCGAUUCUUCCCAGGAAUCAAUAGAGAGCAGGCGUUAGCCCGUCCGAUUCUAUACAGCAACUGGCUGAGCAAGGAUUACGUCCCAGUACAAAGAGAUCAACUCCGCGAAUACGUCAAAGCUAGACUUAAGGUGUUCUAUGAAGAAGAGCUGGACGUUCCACUGGUGUUAUUCGACGAGGUGCUAGACCAUGUACUCCGUAUUGACCGUAUCUUCAGACAGCCGCAAGGACAUUUACUACUUAUCGGUGUCUCCGGCGCGGGCAAGACGACCCUCAGUCGAUUCGUCGCAUGGAUGAACGGGUUGAGCAUAUUCCAAAUUAAGGUACAUAACAAGUAUACGGGUGCGGACUUCGACGAGGACCUGCGAUCGGUACUGCGGCGCGCCGGUUGCCGCGACGAAAAGCUCGCCUUCAUACUUGACGAGUCCAACGUACUGGACAGCGGCUUCCUCGAACGCAUGAACACACUGCUAGCUAACGGCGAGGUACCUGGAUUAUUCGAGGGCGACGAGUUUGCCGCUUUAAUGACACAGUGCAAGGAAGGUGCUCAAAGAGAGGGUUUGAUGUUGGAUUCCAACGACGAAUUAUAUAAAUGGUUCACUGGUCAAGUAAUGCGUAAUUUGCACGUAGUGUUUACUAUGAAUCCAUCAUCGGAGGGCUUGAAAGACCGCGCAGCUACUUCGCCCGCGCUUUUCAAUCGUUGCGUUCUCAACUGGUUCGGAGAUUGGAGCGAUGGCGCCCUCUUCCAGGUGGGCAAAGAGUUUACUCGACGCAUGGACCUGGAUUCUUCGGACUACACGCCGCCCGAUGAUUUCCCGGCGGCUUGCGGCGAAGUGGGCGCGCGGCCUGGACAACGCGACGCCGUCGUGAACGCUUGCGUGUACGUGCAUCAGACGCUGCACAGCGCCAACGCGCGUCUAGCCAAGCGAGCCAACCGCACUAUGGCCAUCACACCCAGGCACUAUCUCGACUUCAUCCAGCAAAUGGUUAAACUAUAUGCGGAGAAACGCGCCGAUUUAGAGGAACAGCAGCUACACUUGAAUGUCGGUCUGGGAAAAAUCGCCGAAACCGUGGAACAGGUGGAGGAAAUGCAAAAGAGUCUUGCUGUAAAAUCUCAGGAACUACAAGCUAAGAAUGAAGCUGCCAAUGCCAAACUGCGCCAGAUGGUGAAAGAUCAGCAAGAAGCUGAGAAGAAGAAAGUUGAAAGUCAGGAAAUUCAGGUCGCUCUAGAGAAACAAACGAAAGAGAUAGAAGCAAAACGCAGAGAUGUGAUGGCUGACCUCGCACAAGUGGAGCCAGCAGUCAUUGAAGCGCAAAACGCGGUGAAAUCUAUAAAGAAGCAGCACUUAGUGGAAGUACGAUCUAUGGGCAACCCACCGGCGAUAGUGAAGGUCGCACUCGAGUCCAUCUGCCUGCUACUCGGCGAGAACGCGACCGACUGGAAGGCGAUCCGCGCGGUCAUCAUGCGAGAGAACUUCAUCAACAGCAUCGUCUCCAACUUCUCCACUGAGGACAUAACUGACGAUGUACGCGAGAAAAUGAGGACGCGCUAUCUAAGCAACCCGGACUAUAACUUUGAGAAGGUGAACAGGGCCAGUAUGGCUUGUGGACCUAUGGUCAAAUGGGCAAUUGCUCAGAUUGAAUACGCGGAUAUGUUGAAACGCGUCGAACCACUACGCAAUGAGCUGAAAGCUCUCGAAGAUCAGGCGCAAAGCAACGUGAAAGCUGGCGAUGAGGUGCGAGAACUAAUCGCGCAACUGGAGAAAUCGAUCGCUUCUUACAAGGAGGAGUACGCCCAACUUAUCAGCCAGGCUCAGGCUAUCAAGACUGAUCUGGAGAAUGUGCAGGCUAAGGUGGAUAGGUCAAUAGCAUUACUGAAGAGCUUGGUAAUCGAACGCGAGCGGUGGGAAUCAAGUUCGGAGACCUUCCGCUCGCAAAUGAGCACAAUCGUUGGCGAUGUUCUACUCUCAGCUGCAUUUAUUGCUUAUGGAGGAUACUUCGAUCAGCAUUAUCGUCAAAACCUAUUCUCGACGUGGACGGCGCACCUGGCGGCCGCCAACAUAAAGUAUCGCGCGGACAUUGCGCGCACCGAAUAUCUCAGCAACCCAGACGAGCGGCUCCGCUGGCAAGCCAACGCGCUGCCCACCGACGAGCUCUGCGUAGAGAACGCUAUCAUGCUCAAGCGCUUCAAUCGGUACCCGCUCAUCAUUGACCCGUCCGGCCAAGCAACAGAGUUCAUAAUGCGCGAAUUCAAAGAACGCAAGAUCACCAAAACAUCAUUCCUUGAUGACUCAUUCAGGAAGAAUCUAGAAUCUGCCCUACGAUUCGGCAACCCGUUACUUGUACAGGACGUGGAGAACUAUGAUCCAAUUCUGAACCCAGUGCUGAACCGCGAGUUGCGGCGUACCGGCGGCCGCGUGCUCAUUACCCUGGGCGACCAGGACAUUGAUCUUAGUCCCUCCUUCGUUAUCUUCCUCAGCACCAGAGAUCCGACGGUGGAGUUCCCGCCAGAUAUGUGUUCCCGGGUGACGUUCGUGAACUUCACUGUGACCCGGUCCUCGCUGCAGUCGCAGUGCUUACACCGCGUCCUCAAGGCUGAGCGACCAGACAUCGACACCAAACGCUCAGAUUUACUCAAGCUACAAGGUGAAUUCCAUCUGCGUCUCCGUCAAUUGGAAAAGUCUUUACUGCAAGCACUAAAUGACGCCAAAGGCAAGAUCUUGGACGAUGACUCAGUCAUAGCCACUCUGGAAACACUUAAGAAAGAAGCUGAUGAUAUUGGACAAAAGGUGGAAGAAACUGAUAAAGUUAUAGCUGAAAUUGAAACUGUCAGCCAGCAAUAUCUGCCGCUAUCUCAAGCAUGCAGCAGCAUCUACUUUACCAUGGACUCGUUGAACCAAGUUCAUUUCCUAUACCAGUACUCACUGAAGAUGUUCUUGGACAUAUUUAGCUCUGUGCUCGUAUGUUCUCUACUUACUGGUGUCACCGACUAUACCGCUAGGCUGAAGAUUAUUACUGAAGAACUGUUUUCCGCGGUGUACGAGCGCGUGGCACGCGGCAUGCUGCACACGGACCGGCUGACGUUCGCGCUGCUGCUGAGCCGCAUCCAGCUGAAGGGCACAGGCACGGAGGACACGCUCGACCGCUCGUUCGGCGUGUUCCUGCGCGGCAAGGAGGGCUUCGUGUCUCACGCUCCCGCCGCCGACAACCUCUCGCCGCACCAGCACCACGCUGCCGCCAGGCUCGCCACCAGGUUGCCGCCGUUCCGGCGGCUGCUGGAGAAGGCGGGCGAGCUGCCCGAGCUGGGCGCGUGGCUGGCGCAGGCGGCGCCCGAGCAGUGCGUGCCCACGCUGUGGGACUGCGAGCCCGCCGCGCCGCCCGCGCCGCACACGCUCGCCAUGUACCGCCUGCUGCUCAUACAGGCAUUCAGGCCGGAUCGUGUGAUCGCGGCAGCUACGCAACUGGUAGCCGCGGUACUCGGCCCUGGAUUCAUGGCUAAGGCAGAAACUGAACUGGACCUCGUUUCUAUCACUGAAAACCAACUGAACGCUACUACACCUGCUCUGCUUUGCUCCGUUCCGGGAUAUGACGCCAGCGGACGCGUGGAUGACAUGGCUACGGAAAUGAACAAGCCGCUAUCAAGCAUUGCUAUCGGUUCCGCUGAAGGAUUCAACCAGGCGGAACGAGCUAUCAACACCGCGUGUAAAACCGGACGGUGGGUGAUGCUGAAGAACGUCCACUUGGCGCCCGUGUGGCUAGUACAGUUGGAAAAGAAAUUGCAUUCGCUAUCACCACACCCCAACUUCCGGCUGUUCCUCACUACGGAGAUCAGCCCCAAACUACCGGUGAACCUGCUGCGCGCUGGCCGCGUCGUCGUUUUCGAGCCGCCGCCUGGCAUCCGUGCCAACCUGCUGCGGACCUUCGCCACCGUGCCCGCGGCUCGUAUGAUGAAACCUCCAUCGGAACGCGCGAGACUCUACUUCUUGCUGGCUUGGUUCCAUGGUAUUGUGCAAGAACGUCUUCGUUAUGUGCCGCUCGGUUGGGCCAAAUACUAUGAAUUCAACGAGUCGGACCUGCGCGUCGCUUGCGACACACUCGACACCUGGAUUGACGCCACUGCUAUGGGCCGCACCAACCUGCCACCGGAGAAGGUCCCAUGGGAGGCACUGGUAACGCUACUCUCACAGUGUAUAUACGGUGGCAAGAUCGACAAUUCGUUCGACCAGCGCCUACUGCACUCAUUCCUCUGCAAGCUAUUCACGCCGCGGUCCUUCGAGGCGGACUUCGCGCUUGUCGCUAAUGUUGAUGGCGCAACUGGCAACCAGCGCCAUAUCACGAUGCCGGACGGUAACCGCCGCGAUCACUUCCUUAAGUGGAUCGAGGAGCUGUCCGAUCGACAAACUCCGUCCUGGCUUGGACUGCCCAACAACGCUGAAAAGGUUCUUCUAACCAAUCAAGGUAGUGACCUCGUAUCAAAACUACUCAAAAUGCAACAGCUCGAAGACGAAGAGGAGUUAGCAUAUAAUGCUGCUACACAAGAUGAUCCCAAUGCAAUGGUGGUAGAAGGCGACGGACGACCUGCUUGGAUGAAGACCCUUCACCAGACAGCUACAAACUGGUUGCAGCAACUGCCAAAAGAACUACCAACACUUCGUCGCACAGUGGAGAACAUAAAGGACCCGCUGUACCGGUUCUUCGAGCGCGAAGUAGCCGCCGGCGCCUCUCUGCUGCAACAAGUGUUGCACGAUUUACGGAACGUCAUCUCCAUCUGUGAGGGCUCGAUGAAGCAGACGAACGAGACGCGCGCGAUGGUGGGGUCGCUGGUGCGCGGCAUGCUGCCGGCCGGCUGGCGGCGCUACGCGGUGGCGCGCGGCUGCACCGUGCAGCAGUGGGUCGGCGACUUCGCGCAGCGGGUCGCGCAGCUCGCGGACGUCUCGCGCGCCGUCGCCGACCGCGGCGCCAAGCGGCUGCAGAGUAUCCCAGUUUGGCUCGGCGGCCUACUCAAUCCGGAAGCGUAUAUUACUGCAACCCGACAAUGCGUAGCACAGGCCAAUUCGUGGUCUCUUGAAGAAUUACACUUGCAGGUGACGAUUCCUGAUCCGGGUACUCCAACAGAGAAUGCUCAAUCAGAAUGGUCGUUCUCUGUGACGGGAUUGAAGUUGCAAGGCGCCACAGUAAAAGGGAACCGACUAUUAUUGACUAACACCAUCAUGGUGGAUCUGCCACUCACUGUUCUCACUUGGAUACGGGGCGCGGAGCCAGCAAGCGCCGGCCAGACGCUGACGCUGCCGGUGUACCUGAACAGCGCGCGCUCGGAGCUGCUGUUCACGGUGCGGCUGCCCAUCGCCGCCGGCCAGGAGCCGCAUGCCUUCUACGAGCGCGGCGUCGCUCUCCUCACCUCCACCGCGCUCAACUAACGCGCUCACAUUAUACUUACAUUAUGCACCGCUUCACAAAUAUGUAUACCAGUCCUAACUAUUCCGCUUUAUAGCAAAUGUAAUCGGUAUUAUUUAUUAUAUAUAUAAGCUUGUUUCUAUUCAAUAAAUAUUUAUUUAUGAAA